AUUGGGCGUCGCCAGAACUAUGCACCGAAAGCCCAGGGUUCUGGAACCGAGUCUUCUUCACCCAGCAGGUUGCAGCUGGAUCCCAGCAGGCCAGAGAGGGGAUGGUCUUCAUGGAGGUCCAGAGAGAGGCGGUGGGGAUGUCAGCCAAUAGGCUGCUGCGGUGUGGACCCCCCAGGGAGACGCUUUAAAAGGUGAACGGCGCUCUCAUUAGUUACAGACACCUGCCACUCAGGUGUGGGAAUAGUUUCCACUCCAUCACUCUGGACGCACUUGGCUCGGAGUCCGUGACAAAGUUGAAUUGGCUCCCCUGCUGGGAAGUGUGCGCUUGAAAAGAAGAGGGCGCCAUGAGGGACUUCAAUAUGCAUCACUUUUUAAAGCGCCGUGGUCUUCCCGAGUGAGCCGAACAUGGCCAGCACCACGCUUCAGCUCCUUGGCUUCCUCCUUUGUCUGCUGGGCUUGGCGGGAACCGUAGUCGCCACCGUGCUCCCGAACUGGCGUAGCUCGGCCUACAUCGGCUCCAACAUCAUCACGGCCUCGGCCACCAUGCGAGGCCUCUGGAUGGCGUGCGUGUGGCACAGCACUGGCAUUUACCAGUGUGAGGUGUACAGGUCUCUGCUGGCACUGCCACAGGACAUGCAGGCUGCCCGGGCCCUCAUGGUGCUCUCCUGUGUCACCUCCGUCCUUGGGAUGGUGGUUUCUGUGAUGGGUAUGAAGUGCACCUACUUUGCCCGAGGCUCGCUAAUCAAGUCCCCCCUGGUGCUGAGCGGAGGGAUUUGUUUUCUCUGUGCCGGUGUGCUCUGUUUGACCACCGUUUCCUGGACCACCAAUGACGUCAUCGUGGAUUUCUAUGACCCCUUCCUUCCGGAUGGCAUGAAGUACGAGAUCGGCCAGGCGGUGUAUAUUGGUUUCGCCUCGGCCUCUCUCAGUCUGAGUGGGGGACUCGUGCUGUGUUUGAGCAGCGGUGGCGAGCGCCCACCGAGGCGACCCCAAAUACAAAGGAGUCAGCCUUCAUCGCCGCCCCCACCCUUCAACAACAUCUAUCCCCCAGCGCCUCCAUACAUACCUCCAGAGGCUCUCAAGGGCAACCGAGCCCCCUCGCUUUGCUCCGUCUCCAGCAGUGGCUACCGACUUAAUAACUAUGUCUAAGAUUGGCUGCGUACUUAAUAACUAUGUCUAAGACUGGCUACAUACUUAAUAACUAUGUCUAAGACUGGCUACAUACUUAAUAACUAUGUCUAAGACUGGCUACAGACUUAAUAACUAUGUCUAAGACUGGCUACAGACUUAAUAACUAUGUCUAAGACUGGCUACAGACUUAAUAAGUAUGUCUAAGACUGGUUGCGUACUUAAUAACUACGUAGAAGACUGGCUACAUACUUAAUAACUAGGUCUAAGACUAGCUACAGACUUAAUAACUACGUAUAAGACUUGCUACAGACUUAAUAACUAUGUCUAAGACUGGCUACAAACUUAAUAACAAUGUGUAAGACUGGCUACAGACUUAAUAACUAUGUCUAAGAGUGACUACACUCUUAAUAACUAUGUCUAAGACUGGCUACACUCUUAAUAACUUUGUCUAAGACUGGCUACAGACUUAAUAACUAUGUCUAAGACUAGCUACAGACUUAAUAACUAUGUAUAAGACUUGCUACAGACUUAAUAACUAUGUCUAAGACUGGCUACAGACUUAAUAACUAUGUCUAAGACUGGCUACAUACUUAAUAACUAUGUCUAAGACUGGCUACAUACUUAAUAACUAUGUCUAAGACUGGCUACAGAGUUAAUAACUACGUCUAAGACUAGCUACAGACUUAAUAACUAUGUAUAAGACUUGCUACAGACUUAAUAACUAUGUAUAAGACUUGCUACAGACUUAAUAACUAUGUCUAAG